AUGGAUGUCCUGUAUCUGAUCCUCUGUUUUGUCUUACCAUGCUUCCUUUUCUUUUUCUCCUUCAUCACCGUAAAAACGAGAAGCAAUUCUAACGGCAGUGGUCAAGCCAAACUUCCGCCGGGUCCUCAAAAGCUCCCAGUGGUUGGAAACAUAUUCCAAGUUGGAUACAAUCCUCACCGUUCGCUCACGGCUCUCUCGAAAACUUAUGGACCAAUAAUGAGUCUAAAGCUUGGAAGUUUAACCACCAUAGUCAUAUCUUCACCGGAAGCAGCAAAAGAGGCACUAAAGACACAAGACCAUCUUUUAUCUGCUCGAACCUUCAACGAUCCUGUUCGAGUCUUUGACCACCAUGAAUUUUCUUUUGCAUGGGGUCCUCCCUCAGCUCGGUGGAGGUUUCUGAGAAAGGUAGCAACAACGCAUUUGUUAUCAACGCAACGCCUAAAGUCUAUGGAGUCUCUUAGGAAGAAGAAAGUGGAGGAACUUUUGAGUUUCAUCAACAAAUGUAGUGAGAGAGGAGAAGCUGUUGACAUGGCUCGUGCUUUCUUCGUCACAGCUCUCAAUAUCAUCUCAAAUGCUUUGUUCUCUACGGAUUUAGCGAUUCAUGAUACCAAGUCACCUCACGAGUUAUUUCACAACACGGUGAUUAGAUUGAUGAAUGUCACGGGAAAACCCAACGCCGGUGACUAUUUCCCCUUUCUUAGGUUUCUUGACCUUCAAGGUACCCGUAAAGAAGCAACGGUUUGCACUGAGAUACUAUUUAAGGUUUUUCAAGAACUUAUCGAUGCUCGGAUGGCUAAAAGAUCAACUCAGACAUACCGUAAAGAGAUUUCGAGCUUCGAUUUCCUAGAUACCCUUCUGGAUCUUACACAGGAAAACAAAGCAGAACUCAGCAUAAAUAUUAUCAAACACUUUGUUCAAGAUUUGUUCACAGCGGGCACAGACACGAACUCUACUACAAUGGAGUGGGCAAUGUCAGAGUUAAUCCGUAACCCAGAGAAGAUGGUGAAAGCUCAGAGUGAGAUACGGCAAGUGAUAGGUCAAAACGGUGUCGUUCAAGAAUCUGAUAUCCCGAAGCUGCCUUACUUGCAAGCAAUCGUGAAAGAGACUCUUCGUUUGCAUCCUGCAGCUCCUUUGAUCCCUCGAAGAGCAGAAUCCGAUGCCCACAUCUUUGGUUUCCUCGUUCCUAAAAACGCCUCGGUUUUGGUGAAUGUCUGGGGGAUGGGACGAGACUCGAGCGUGUGGGAGAAUCCAACGAGAUUCGAACCAGAAAGGUUCUUGUUGCGAGAAAUUGAUGUGAAAGGCAAAGAUUUCGAGCUGAUACCGUUUGGAUCAGGACGAAGAAUGUGUCCGGGUUCGCCAAUGGCUCUAAGAACAAUGUUUCUGGUGCUCGCGUCUCUUCUCUAUUCCUUUGACUGGAAGCUUCAAAACGGUGUCUUCCCUGAAAACAUGGACAUGAGCGACGCCUUCGGUGUCACCUUGCGGAAAGCCAAACCUCUACGUGCCGUGCCUAUCAAACAAUCUGUGCUAUCGCCUUAA